CAGAGAAGACGUUUUCACGUGACGAGAACUGAGCAAUAAGCAGACGCGAAGAUAGCGGCGGGGAAAUUCAAACGUGUUUGCGGAGAGGGAUUUGGGUUCCAUCUUUUCUUCCCUUCUCCGCUUUCUGGCGAAUCCAAGCAAGCAUUCCCUCACAUUAAAAACAUAAUAAUAAGUGAAUUUGCAGAUGGCCCAGAGAAAAUAAUUCUGGAAAAAGAGUGAAAGGAAAUUGUGGAAGAAAAAUGGAAAGUUUGAAAGCAAGGAGGGGUAGCAACGUCUGUGUUGUGCAAUGACUUCGUUGAAGUUCUUUUGGGAAGAAAAGAAAUGGAGGCCGAGGAUUUAAGUGGCAGAGAAUUGACAAUUGAUUCUAUAAUGAACAAAGUGAGGGAUAUUAAAAAUAAAUUUAAAAAUGAAGACCUUACUGAUGAGCUAAGCUUGAAUAAAGUCUCUGCCGAUACUACAGAUAACUCGGGAACUGUCAACCAAAUUAUGAUGAUGGCAAACAACCCGGAGGACUGGUUGAAUUUGUUGCUCAAACUAGAGAAAAACAGUGUCCCUCUGAAUGAUGCUCUUUUAAAUAAAUUAAUUGGUCGUUACAGUCAAGCAAUUGAAGCACUUCCUCCAGAUAAAUAUGGCCAAAACGAGAGUUUUGCUCAAAUUCAAGUGAGAUUUGCUGAAUUAAAAGCUAUUCAAGAGCCAGAUGAUGCACGGGACUACUUUCAGAUGGCCAGAGCAAACUGCAAGAAAUUUGCUUUUGUGCAUAUAUCUUUUGCACAAUUUGAAUUAUCACAAGGUAAUUUCAAAAAAAGUAAACAACUUCUUCAUAAAGCUGUAGAAUGUGGAGCAGUACCACUGGAAAUGCUAGAAAUUGCCAUUCGGAAUUUAAACCUUCAAAAAAAGCAGCUGCUUUCAGAGGAGGAAAAGAAGAGUUUAUCAGCAUCUACAAUAUUAACUGCUCAAGAAUCAUUCCCCAAUUCACUUGGACAUUUACAGAAUAGGAACAUCAGUUGUGAUUCCAGAGGACAGACUACUAAAGCCAAGUUUUUGUAUGGAGAAAACUUGCCCCCUCAAGAUGCAGAAAUAGGUCAUCGAAAUCCCUUGAAACAAACAAAGAAAGCUAAACGGUCAUGCCCUUUUGGAAGAGUCCCAGUUAACCUUCUAAGUAGCCCGGAUUAUGGGAAGACAGAUGAUUCAGUUGUACCAAGUUUUACAAAAAGCAGACAGACCUCUGGAUCAGAACGCCAAGAUAUGAUUGUACCUGGAUCUAAAUCAAGUGGAAAUGAUUCCAGUGAAUUGAGAAAUUUAAAGUCUAUUCAAAAUAUCCAUUCCAAGGAACCUCUGAUGUCGGAUGAGAAGAGUUCUGAACUUAUUACAGAUUCAGUAACCUUGAAGAAUAAAACUGAAUCAAGUCUUGUAUCAAAAUUGGAAGAAAUUAAGGAACAUCAAGAACCAAAGGUUCCAGAGAGUAACCAGAAACAAUGGCAGUCUAAGAGAAAGUCAGAAUGUAUAAACCAGAAUCCUGCUGUAUCUUCAAAUCAGUGGCAGAUUCCAGACACAGCCCAAAAAGUUGAUACAGAGCAGAAACAGACCACUUUUGAGCAACCUGCCUUUUCAGUUUCAAAGCAGUCACCACCAAUAUCAGCACCUAAAUGGAUUGACCCAAAAUCUGUUUGUAAGACACCCAGUAGCAGUGCCUUGGAUGAUUACAUGAGCUGUUUUAGAACUCCAGUUGUAAAGAAUGACUUUCCACCUGCUUGUCAAUUGUCAACACCUUAUAGCCAACUCGCCUGUUUCCAGCAGCAGCAGCAAAUACCUGUUACUCCACUUCAAACUUUACAGAUUUCAGCAUCCUCUUCAACAAAUGAAUGCAUUUCAGUUAAAGGAAGAAUUUAUUCCAUAUUGAAGCAGAUAGGAAGUGGAGGCUCAAGUAAGGUAUUCCAGGUAUUGAAUGAAAAGAAACAGAUACAUGCUAUAAAGUAUGUGAACCUAGAAGAAGCAGAUAAUCAAACAAUCGAUAGUUAUCGGAAUGAAAUUGCUUAUUUGAAUAAACUACAACAACACAGUGAUAAGAUCAUCCGACUUUAUGAUUAUGAAAUCACGGACCAGUACAUUUACAUGGUAAUGGAAUGUGGAAAUAUAGAUCUUAAUAGUUGGCUCAAAAAGAAAAAAUCCAUCAAUCCAUGGGAACGUAAAAGUUACUGGAAAAAUAUGUUGGAGGCAGUUUACACAAUUCAUCAACAUGGCAUCGUUCACAGUGAUCUGAAACCUGCUAACUUUCUGAUAGUUGAUGGAAUGCUAAAACUAAUUGAUUUUGGGAUUGCAAAUCAAAUGCAACCAGAUACAACAAGUAUUGUUAAAGACUCUCAGGUUGGUACAGUUAAUUAUAUGCCACCAGAAGCAAUCAAAGAUAUGUCUUCCUCAAGAGAGAAUGGGAAAUCCAAGUCAAAGAUAAGUCCCAAAAGUGACGUUUGGUCCUUAGGAUGCAUUUUGUACUAUAUGACUUAUGGGAAGACACCAUUUCAACAUAUAAUUAAUCAGAUUUCUAAAUUACAUGCCAUAAUUGACCCUAAUCAUGAAAUCGAAUUUCCUGAUAUCCCAGAGAAAGAUCUUCAAGAUGUGUUAAAGUGUUGUUUAAUAAGGGACCCUAAACAGAGGAUAUCCAUUCCUGAGCUUCUGGUGCAUCCGUAUGUUCAAAUUCAAACUCAUCCAGGUAAUCAGAUGGCUAAGGGCACCACUGAAGAAAUGAAAUAUGUUCUGGGCCAACUCGUUGGUCUGAAUUCUCCUAACUCCAUUUUGAAAGCUGCUAAAACUUUAUAUGACCGAUAUAGUAGUGGUGAAGGUCAUGAUUCCUCUUCAUCAUCCAAGACUUUUGAAAAAAAAUGGGAGAAAAAAUGAUUUGCACCUACUCACAAACUGUCAAAUAUCAACUGUAAAAAUAUAUUGGACUGUUAUACUCUUGAUUCUCUGUGGAAACUGCUCUUAAGGACAACUUAAUCCUGAAAUGUCAAUGGCAGAAAAAUUCAGUGGAUUAUUCUCAAAAGAAAACUGUAAAAAUAAUAACCACUAAUGAUACUAUAUAUAUUAAGUUGUAGAAUUGUUCUCUCUCUUUUAUGCUUUCCUGCAAAUCUACUCUAUUUGAUAUCAUAUCACACUUAGAAUAGUGGAUGGACAACUGAAAUAUAUUCUGAAGAACUAUGUAAAUAAAGCUUUGUAGCAUAAAAUGACA